AACUCCACAAACGCUAAGUUGAUGGAGGAAUGGAUGGUAGAUAAGUGAAAUAGCUGGCAUGGUAAAAACUUUUGCCCGGAUGGUUUUUACUUCUAGGGCUCUUGUUUUAGGUGGCUCUUUAGCUUAGGACGGAGGUGGAGAAAUGGUGGUUUGUGUGGAAGCAAAGCCGCCAAGGAUUCUCGCAAAGCAAAGCAAGCAAAGACCGGUACACAGUUAAGUAGGAGCUUUCUCUCUCGCGUGUGUGAGAGGAUUUCGUGAGGAGCGGGCAUAGAUUCCACCAAGCGAGCAAAGGGUUUUAGCCAAUCUCCCCAGCUUUGGAGCUUUCAAUCCAUCCGGCGAGCCAGCGGGCGAGCGCGGCGCGAGGAAUCGAGCGGGAGCGAUGACGAGGAGGAGAGGUUUUAGAUUCUUCCUCCUGGCGGCAAUGUGGGUCUUCUUCUUCUUCUCGCUGGCGCCCAAUCUCGCCCAGGACGAUGGCGAUGGCGGAGGAGGAGGAUUGGGAGCCGAGGAUGGGAUGAUUGUCACGGAGGAGAACCUGGCGGCGCUCCUGGCGAUCAAGCACGCCUUCAUGGACGCGCAGGGCGCAUUGAUCAGCUGGAACGAGACCGGCGUUGGGGCGUGCUCGGGGAGCUGGGCGGGGAUCAAAUGCGCGAGGGGCCAAGUGAUCGCGGUCCAGCUCCCGGGCAAGGGCCUGGGUGGUAGCCUCUCCCCGCGAUUCGGCGAGCUCACGGAGCUCCGCAAGCUCAAUCUCCACAGCAACAGGAUCGAGGGCUCCAUCCCAUCAUCGAUCACGGGCCUGGCAAAUCUUCGCAGCGUCUAUCUCUUCCAGAACAGGCUCACGGGGACGAUCCCGGCUGGCCUGGGCCGGUCCCCGCUAAUGCAGGCCGUCGAUCUCAGCGGUAAUAGGCUCCAGGGGGACAUUCCGGCAUCGCUUGGCUCUUCCGGCAGAAUGUUCCUGCUCAACCUGGCAGGGAAUAAUCUAAGCGGUGGGAUCCCACCCGAGAUCGCGGGGUCGGCGUCGUUGAUCACGCUGAUUCUGGCGCGGAAUGGCCUGGAUGGGGAGAUUCCCACCACCUGGCCCGAUUCCGGAAAGCUGCGGACUUUGGAUCUCUCGCGGAAUAAUCUCAGCGGCGAGAUCCCGCCGUCCAUCGCGAGGCUCCGGAAUCUCACCAUCCUCGACGUGGCCUCCAAUGAGCUCUCGGGCGGGAUCCCUGGCGAGCUGGGCGGGAUCGCGGCGCUCCAGCUGCUCGAUCUCUCGGGCAACCGCUUGAAUGGCAGCAUCCCGGCGAGCAUCGGGCAGCUGGGCAAUCUCACCAGCGCGAAUUUUUCCGACAACAAUCUCUCCGGGCGAGUGCCGCGCUUCGUCCAUGGAUUCAACAGCUCGGCGUUUGCGGGGAAUGCCGGGCUGUGCGGCCUGGCGGGGCUGGUGGCGUGCCAAUCUCCCGUGCCAUCGCGGUCGCCCCAGCAAUCCACCCCCGCCGAGAGGCGGCGAUCCAGGAGCCGGCUGAGCAAGCUGAGCUUGAUCUGCAUCAUCGUGGGCGGAGUGCUCGCGCUGGGCGCCGCGAUUUGCAUGCUUAUGCUCAUCGCGUGGAGGUUCCGCGAGCAGCGGGCGGCGGGCGCGCACGAGAGGGCGAGCAAGGGCAAGGCGGAGACGAGUGUGGAUCCCAGCGGAGGGAGUAGCGGUGGUGGCGCCGGCGGUGGUGGCGGAGGGAAUGGAAAUGGCGGGAAUGGGAAGCUCGUCCACUUUGAUGGGCCGUUCUCUUUCACCGCGGACGAUCUUCUCUGCGCGACCGCGGAGGUGAUGGGCAAGAGCACGUAUGGGACGGUGUACAAGGCGACGCUGGAGAAUGGGAACACGGUGGUGGUGAAGAGGCUGCGCGAGGGGAUCGUGAGGAGCCAGCGCGAGUUUGAGGCGGAGGUGAGCGCGCUGGGGAGGAUCCGGCACACGAAUCUGGUGGCGCUGCGGGCUUACUACUGGGGGCCCAAGGAUGAGAAGCUGCUCGUGUUUGAUUUCAUGCAUGGUGGGAGCUUGGCCGCGUUUCUACACGCUCGGGGACCCGAGACGCCGCUCGGAUGGUCGACGCGCAUGAAGAUCGCGCUGGGCACGGCCAAAGGCCUCGCCUACCUCCACGACGCGGAGAAGAUGGUCCACGGCAACCUCACCUCGAGCAACAUCCUCCUCGACUCCCACCUCAACGCGGUCAUCUCGGACUACGGCCUCUCGCGGCUCAUGACCUCCUCGGCGGGCUCCAACGUUCUGGCCACCGCCGGCUCGCAGGGAUACCGGGCACCCGAGGUGAGCAAGCUCAAGAAGGCCACCACCAAGUCGGACGUCUACAGCUUUGGCAUCGUGCUGCUGGAGCUGCUCACCGGCAAGGCCCCCGGCGACGCGGUGAGCACCGCCGACGGUGGCGCGCUGGAUCUGCCCGAGUGGGUGUCGAGCGUCGUCAAGGAGGAGUGGACGUCCGAGGUGUUCGAUGUGGAGCUGCUCAAGGGGACCGCUCCAUCCGAGGAUGAUAUGCUUAACACGCUCCAGCUCGCGAUGAACUGCGUCUCGGCGUCGCCCAGCUCCAGGCCGGAUAUGAACGAGGUGCUGAGACAGGUGGAGAGCGUCGCUGGUGGCGGUGGUAGCGCUGGCGGCGGUGGUGAUCCUACCAGGUAUUCUCCGGGGUCUGGAGCGGCUUCUUCGACGCAAGGAGCUGUGACACCACCACCUCCGCCAGCGCCAUCGUCGUCGUCGUGAAAGUUUGUGUAAGUUAGAUUGGUUUCGAUCGAUCGAUUGUCAUUGUUUGACAGGAGAAUUGAUAUGGAAAAGCAUCGAAAGAGUUCCAAGGAUCUUGGAGGGGAGCUCCAAUGAUCUUGGAGGGGAGAAGAAGAGAGAGGAAGAAGAAGCUGCAUUUUGUGGGGGGAGAAGUUCGUUUGUGCUGUUUCUGUUUUGGGGAGGAUUUUUUUUCCAUCAUACAAGCCCAAAGCUUGCAAAGUUUUAACAGGCCUUUAAAAAUUUAAUUGACAUUUAACUUAAUUGAACUUCA